AUCACUUUGCUUUGCAACAAAAUAAACACAUUCAUGAAAAUGUCCAUUCAUAUGUUCUUUGGUCCACAUCCGACUUGUUCGAAACAAAAAUCUGUACAUUGCGCUUACCUUCAAUCCUCAGCAAUGGUUGAAGGAUAUUCACAACAACCUUCCAAAAGGCAAUCCGCCCAUUACCAGCCAACUGCUUGGAAUUCUGAUUUUAUCAAGUCUUUGAAAAAUCACAAUAAUACAGAUGAAAUACAGAAGCAGAGGGCAGAGAAACUGAAGGAGGAUGUAAAGGCUAUGAUUUGGGAUACAUAUUCAAAUUCAUUGACAAUACUCGAACUGAUAGAUGAUAUUCAACGCUUGGGAUUGAGCUAUCACUUUGACAAGGAUAUCAAGAGAGCACUUGAUAAAAUUAUACUACCGAGGAAUGGAAAUAAUGUGAUGGAAGAUCAAAAGAUUGGUAUUCAUGCUAUUGCGCUCUGCUUUAGGCUCUGUAGACAACAUGGUUAUGAGGUCUCCCAAGAUGUGUUUAAGAGAUUCAAGGACGAAAAUGGAAACUUCAUGGAAUCCCUAAGCAAGGACACCAAUGGAUUGCUAAGUUUGUAUGAAGCUUCUUACUUUUCAUUUGAUGGAGAAAAACUGAUGGAAGAGGCCAAAGUAUUCACAACCAAACAUCUGAAGGGAAAGAUAGCGAACGAAGACCUUAUGGAACAAAUAAAUCAUGCACUGGAAAUGCCUUUGCAGCAUAGGAUGCUAAGGCUUGAGGCAAGGUGGUAUAUUGAAGCUUAUGGUAAAAGUAACGAUGUAAAUUAUUUGCUACUUGAAAUGGCUAAGUUGGAGUUCAACAUGGUGCAAUCUAUGCUUCAAGGAGAGCUCAAAGACAUGUCAAGGUGGUGGGAAGAUAUAAGCUUGGGAAAAAGGUUGAGUUUUAUGAGGGACAGAUCGAUGGAAUGCUACUUUUGGAAUGUGGGCAUGAUUUUUGAGCCCAAAUUCAGUGAUUGCCGAAAGAGUUUAACGAAAUUGGCAGCACUUGUAACCACCAUUGAUGAUGUCUAUGACGUUUACGGAUCAUUGGAUGAGCUUGAACUAUUCACAGCAGCUGUUCACAGAUGGGAUAUAGAGGCUGUGGAAAUCCUUCCCGACUACAUGAAGUUGUGCUUCCUAGCUCUCUACAACACUACCAAUGAAAUGGCUUAUGACAUUCUUAAACGAAAAGGAGUUAACAUCAUCCCAUACUUAAAAAGAGCGUGGGCAGAUAUAUGCAAAACAUUCUUGAGGGAAGCAAAAUGGUGUUCAAACAGGGAGACUCCAACAUUUAAGGCAUAUCUUGACAAUGCAUUGGUUUCGGUAUCGGGGGUGCUUAUAUCAAUCCAUGUCUACUUCUUGUUGACUGAAACUAUUACAAAAGAGGCUCUGGAGUGCCUAGAGAAGAAGUACCAUCCUCUUGUGGAGUGUUCAUCUCUCAUUUUUCGUUUUUCCAAUGAUUUGGCCACAUCCAAGGCUGAGUUGGAGAGAGGUGAAUCUGCAAACUCAAUCCUCUGUUACAUGCACGAAACCGGAGUUUCUGAACAAGAAGCCCGAAAGCACAUAAGUAGUUUGAUCGAGGAAGCGUGGAAGAAGAUGAACAAAGAACGAGUAGCAACUGAUUCUCCAUUUGAGAAACCGUUUAUUGAAACGGCUUUUAACCCUGCUCGGAUUGCCCAAUGCACUUACCAAAACGGAGAUGGGCAUGGAGCUCCGGAUAACAAAGCAAAAAACCGGGUUUUAUCUGUGAUAAUUGAACCCAUUACACUUGCAUGUGCAAAGACUUCAAAUAUGUUAGCUAGUGUUUCUUGAGGUAAAGAGAAGAAUAAAAGGUUGGAUUUUGUCUCUUUUAUGUGUUAUAUACGAUAACGUAACUUACCAGUACAAGAUACUGAUCCUACAAAUUGCAUAUUUUCCACUUUAAAAACUUCA